UUUCUUGAUCGGCGUUUAAUUGCUUUCUGUUUGUGCAGUAAGACAGUCGUGUUUUUAUUUUUGUUCUACUGUUUGGAAAUAUGUACAAGUUAAUACUAUUCUUACAAGUCAUCAUUUUGAUUGGGUCAUCUAUCAGUUAUCAAUCAGACAACGUUUGGUACUGUCGUGAUGAUCUUUACUGCCUACCUCUGAGAAAUAAUAAUGAGCAGUCAACAGUACAGACAUUUGAGAACCAAAACAUUUGUAGAUUAAUGUGCGGCAAGUUUGGUGGUUUGUGGCCAAAGCCGACAUUAAAAUGCAACUUAGAAAAGUCAACAGUCGGCGUUAAUGCAGAAUUAAUUAGAUUUGAAUAUCCACAAAGUGAUGAUGUGAUGCGAGAAUAUCUUAAUGAAGUGUCAUUUUUGUUCCUUAAAAAUAUUAAUGAUGAGUGCGGAAAUAUUUGCAAUAGUCCAUCAGACACUGAAAUGUUUAUACACUUAUCAAUAAAUGAAUUGAGUAGCUUUAAGCUUACUCAUGAUACUGAUGAAUCUUAUCAGUUGAAUAUUAGCACAUCAGAUAAUAAAAUUAAUGCUCAUAUUUCGUCAAAUACUGUUUUUGGUACUCGACAUGGUUUAGAAACUUUAGCCCAAUUGAUGGUCAAGAUUGUGGAUGAUAAGCAAAGGAAUGGCCUUGUGACAGUUUCUAGUGCUGAAAUAUCUGAUAAGCCAUAUUAUAAGCAUCGUGGAUUAUUAUUAGACACAGCACGUCACUUUAUUCCAAUUGAGACAAUUUUGAAGGUUCUUGACGGGAUGUCAGUCAAUAAAAUGAAUGUUUUCCAUUGGCACAUAACUGACUCGCAGAGCUUCCCGAUGGAAAUAACAAGAGUUCCACAAAUGCAUUUAAAUGGCGCUUUCUCUUCCGAUAAAGUCUACAGUCAACGUCAAAUUAAUGACAUUGUAAAAUAUGCAAAGUACAGAGGCAUUCGUGUUAUAUUUGAAUUGGAUGCACCGGCACAUGCAGGUCAUGGCUGGGAAUGGGGCAAAAAAGAAGGCUUAGGAAACUUGGCAGUUUGUGUUGAUAAUCAACCUUGGAGAAAGUCAUGUAUACAGCCCAACUGUGGACAGCUGAAUCCAGCAAAUGAUAAUUUAUAUUCAGUAUUGCGUGAUAUUUAUCAAGAUAUCCGAGACUAUAAAGAGAAAGGCGAGUUUUUUCAUAUGGGAGGUGAUGAGGUAUUUAUGAAUUGCUGGAAUAAUACUAAAGAGAUUACAGACUAUAUGCAGUCAAAUGGAUAUGCAUUGACUACAGAAGGAUUUUUAGAUUUAUGGUCAGAAUUUCAGAGGAAGGCACUUGAUGCAUUUGACUCAAUUAGUGAUGAGAAGAUACCAAUGGUUUUAUGGUCAAGUGAAUUGACAUUGCCUAAUAAUAUUGACAAAUAUCUGCCCAAGAAUCGUUACAUUAUUCAAACUUGGCUACCUGAUACAUCUGACGUUCCUGAAAAGUUGCUUAAAAAAGGAUAUCGUCUCAUUAUGUCCACAAAAAAUGCUUGGUAUUUCGAUCAUGGAUUUUGGGGAAUAACUCAAUAUUAUAGCUGGAAAAAAGUUUAUGCCAAUACUCUACCUAGACAUCCAUUAGUGCUCGGUGGAGAAGUCUGCAUGUGGUCUGAAUAUUGUGAUGAACAUUCUGUGGAAUUUAAGAUAUUUCCUCGUCUUAAUGCUGCUGCUGAACGACUGUGGACCAAUCCAGCUACUGACUUGAAAUCUGCUGAACCUCGAUUUAAUAGACAAAGGGAGAGGAUCAUUGCUAGAGGUAUUAAAACAGAUGCGACGAUUCCUGAAUAUUGCGCACUCUUCGAAGGUGAAUGCAAUUAAGACUUAAUAUCAUGUAAUUUUAAAAAACAUUUAUUUUAACCCGAUAAGUUUAGCUCGGGCAUUAGCUUUUAAAUCAUCACACAAAUAAAUGAAUAGGAAUUAAAAAUUCUUUGGUAAUUUAUCUACUCUUUUGGCUUUCUGCUGGAUUCCAAUAUACUUCUGGUAAUGUACUUUCAGCAAAUGGCCAGAAAAUGCUCCAUAACCAUCGAUCUCCAAACACAAUCUUUAAGUUCUGUGCUCUGCCUAAGUCAUAAGCACCUUUGUUCUUUUCAUGUGUUGUGGCAUUUUUAACUAUAAGUUUCAUAUGGUAAACAAGUAAUACGCCGGUAAAAAUAGAUCCAAUCAUGAUAAGCAUGUAUAGAAACAAGUGCCAAUCAUUAUUAGAUCUAAAGAACAUCAUAAACAUUGGGAAAAACAUCUUAAAUGGUGUAAACCAUGCAAUAAAUGAAGUUCCACGAUAUAUCCAGAUGUAGUAUGAAUUAUAAAAGAACGAAUAAGUAGCUCCAAUAAAGAAGUGAAGGAGAAAAAUCAUGAAAUAUCGAUUAUUAUUAAGACCGACACAAUUUCCAGCGAACAUACAAUGAUGAUCCCUUUUCAGUAUACAGACAUUACAUACAUCACAAUGCCAUGAACGAGGUGGAACAAUCAGUUCACAUUUGUCACACAAAUUCCAGUCUUUUGCUGUUGGAUCUGUCUUGAAUCUCGAUGUAGUCAUAAGCUCAUUCGUUGAGAACACACUUGUGUCUAUUAAAAUGAUGUGCAUUAAAUUCACAACUAUAUUAAACACUAAAUAGCAACCGAGGAUUAUAUGUGUGUACAAAAUAUAAUUAUAUC